AUGUUAUAUACCAACAAUCCGAAGAUUUAUGUCGAAAGACCAUAUCAAAUCGUGUGGACGGGUGCAGAAGCGUUGGCCAAUAUAACGUUUGUGGAUGGGGAUGGGACGAUUACUACAAUUGAAUCGUAUAGCUCACAGACAACGUUCAAUUGGAUACCCAGUAAAGAGCUUUUGAAUCAUAAGGGGAAGUUGACAAUCACCGAUGGAGCUGCAAAGGAUAUGACUGCUGAAUUCGCGUUCGUGGAUGAGACUUCCGAUAUACAGACAACAACCGCCAUGUCUUCAAGCCCUACACAAACAACCAGCAUCACAGGUGCCACAACCGCAAGCUCCGCAAUACCCGCCUCCACCACGGCAUCUCAAUCUCCAACCCUCUCACCUACACCUUAUCCCACCAACACCAGCGAACUCACCACGGGUCUCAGCACAGCCGUCAAAGCCGGAAUCGUCGUCGCGAUUCUACUCGCUAUCUUCGCGCUCAUGGGUGCGGGAUACUACCUCUUAUUCUUCCGCAAACGCAAAUCAUUAUCAUCAUCCCAUGAUGGACGCAUCCACGACCCAUACGUCCUCGCGCAGAAUAAACUUAACGAUAGUACGUACAGCAUGACGCCUACGUCACCGUCUUUCACGAUGCAGGAGAUGGCUGAUAAGGAUGUUGUUCCUGGAAAGAGGGGUCUCGUUGUGGCUGUGAAUGAGAUGCCGGUGGAGAUGGGGGCGGGGGAGGUGAGAGGGGGGAGGGAGAAGUUUCUGGGUGGGAUGAGGGUGCAGGAAAGGGAGGGGAGGGGAAGUGGGGAGAAGGUUUUGUUUGAAGAGGGGAAGAGUCUGAGGAGGGAUAUGAGUUGA